UUUUAUUUUGUCGCGGUGUUUCCGGGCUGCUCUCCGCUGCCGCUGUGUGACGUGACGCGGACGGCUGCUCGGUGGCUGCUGCUGCAGGCGUGCGGUUCGCUGUUUGCUGUUUGCGGCAGCGCACACAGAGAGAGCCCUCCUCGGAGAAAUGCCUUUUUGUACGCCCGGGUGUGUUUUUCUUCCCGCUUCUGUUUUGCGUCUUCGCCAGGGUCGGAUCUCCGUGUUCGUGGCCAUGCUCCGCGCUGGAUUCAGCGGGCUGUCCUAGCUGCCUGAGCCGCUCCAGCAGCGGUGGGUCCGGUGCAGUGCACAGCCGGGGAUGAGGCCUACUCGUUAAAGCUCCCCCACCACCCCUCCGUCGCGAUGGCUGAUGAUCAACAACAGCCCGGCCAGAAGCCGGCCUCGGGAUUAGGCUCUCUUCCAGCGCUGGUGCCGGGACUCCAGGGGCCCGAGGCCAACGCUCUGCAGUUCAAAAUCAAGAAUUCAAUUUGCAAAUCUGUACAAUCAAAAGUGGACAGCAUAUUGCAAGAUGUUGAGAAGUUUACAGACAUCGAAAAACUCUACCUCUACCUUAAGUUGCCUUCUGGUCCCAGCAGUGGCAAUGAUAAAAGGUACACAUACACACACACACACACUUUUUCUCACGUUUUCCACUUUGUGACGCACACAUGCAUGGCUGCUUUGUUGUGGUUCUCAUAACGUUACUGGCACUGUUUGUGAUUCUGAUUGUUUGUCAAAAAUCUUCACACUUCACAGACUUAGUUUAGGCUGAUAGCUCCCAGAAAUUAAAUUGUUCUUGUGUGGUUUGUGACAUUUUUUGAGGGGUUGUUGCUCAUUGGUAAGUUUUUUUUAAUUUUUAUUUGUUGAUGAUCUAUUGAUCAUUAUAACGCAAACCGCUGAAAUAUGUAGAAUUUUGCUAUACCUAGCUGUUUGUGUUUCAUUUGUUUCCCCAUAUCUAUCCAUCACCCCAACCCCCAA